UUUUAGCACGAUAACUCCAGGUUUUGACGUAUUUUACCUUGACUAGUAAUUAACGAAAGGCAGUUUUUAAAUGAUAGCGCCGGAAAGGUUAUUGCCUUCCACCGAUUCUGCGCACAAGCGAAAUUUAGCACUUAGACGAAAACGUUGCUUGUUGCUUUCUCCGACAAUCUCCAAUCUCCCGAUCGGUCUCGGAAUCGGAACCACUAAGUUUUAUAACUUGAGUGAAAUCUGUAUCGGAAUGGAAGUCGAAAACUCUGUUAAUGAAGAAAAAUCUUGUCCAGCAAACAAAGAGCAAAACGGUGAUUCAAGCCAUGUGAAUGGCCUAAACGGUUAUUCUGAUAAACACAAGAGCCACAAAUCAGAGCACAAAGAUAAACAUAGGGAUAAGGACAGGGACAGGGAUAGAGAAAAGGAUCGAGAUAAGGAAAAAAGUAAAAGUAAAGAUCAUAAGAGCUCUAGUAGGGAUAAAGAUAAAGAUAGGCACCACAGCAGCUCGAAAGAUAAAGAUCGUCACAGCAGUUCACACAAAUCCUCUAGUAAAGAUAAGGACCGCGAUAAGGAAAGGGAAAAAGAUCGGGAGAGAGGUGACAGAGAUAAGGAGAAGGACAGACACCGGGACAAAGAUAAAAGCAAAGAUCGGCAUAGAGAUGAUAAAAAAUCAUCCAAAGAUAAAGAACAUAAAAGUUCCCAUGAUAAAGACAAAGACCAUAAGAGUAGCUCCAGAGACAAAGAUAGAGAAAGAGACAAGGAGAGAAGAGACAAAGAUAAGGACCGGGAUAAGGAGAGACGAGACAAGGAUAAGGACCGAGAUAAGCAUAAAAACAGAGAAAAGGAUAAGCACAGGGAUAAAGAGAGAGACAAAGACAAACAUCAUUCCAGUUCUAGAGAUAAAGAUAGGAAGGACAAAGAAAGAAAACCUGAAAAGGAAAAAGAUUUGGAAGAAGAUACAAAGGUAAAAGUAGAGUCUGAGGAAAUCGUGAAACCGAAAGAAUCUCCUGUGAAAGAGGAAGCAAACUUUAGCACAGACGACGACGAGGAUAAGUUAGUAAUAAAAGAUGAUCCUGCGAGCCAAGAUGAAGCAGACGAAGGCGUCCAGGCCGAUAACUCACAAGCAAGUAGUGUUGAUUUUAGCAUAAAGCACGAGGAAUCAAACUUUUCCGGUUAUUCUGCCGGGGAAGAGGAAGACAGUCAAUCACAAAAUGAUGAAAGUCAAUUGCAGGAUGACGAUGUGAAACCAGAGAUCAAACAGGAAGAAGAGAGCGACGAAGAUAUUCCACUGUCGGCUCGCGUGACGUCAGCUAAGAGGAAAAUAAAAGACGAAGAAGAUGACGAUGACGAUUUACCUUUGUCUGCUAGAAAAAAACCGAAGAAAGAAGUCAAGGAAGAAAAGUCCAAAAAGAAGAAAAAAAGAAGUUACGAUGACGAAGAAGAUUGUGAAGAGGACGAAGAGGAGGAUUAUAAACCGGCGAAAAAGAAGGCUACCAAGAAAAAAGAGAAAAAGGUUAAGAAGGAAGCUGUAAAGAAAGAACAAGUAAAGAAAGAAAAGGCAGAAGUUGAUAGUCCAAAGAAAAAGAAGAAGGUCGAAGAAGAGCAGGAAGUUUGGAAAUGGUGGGAGGAGGAGAAGAAAGAUGAUGGUGUCAAAUGGACAUUCUUGGAACACAAGGGACCUGUAUUUGCCCCAGAUUAUGAGAGACUACCAAAGAAUGUCAAAUUCUAUUAUGAUGGAAAAGAAGUGGAAUUAUCAGAAGAUGCUGAAGAAGUUGCAGGAUUCUAUGCAAAGAUGUUGGAUCAUGACUAUACCACCAAAGAAAUAUUUAACAAAAACUUUUUUAAAGACUGGAGAAAGGUAAUGACAGAUGAUGAACGUGCCCUUAUAACUGACCUGAAAAAGUGCAAUUUUAAAAAGAUGCAUGCCUAUUUCAUGGAUGUAGCAGAAAAAAAUAGGAACAGAUCCAAGGAAGAGAAAAAAGCCUUGAAGGAAAAGAAUGAGGCUAUAGUGAAAGAGUAUGGUACUUGUGUUAUUGAUGGGCACAAGGAAAAGAUUGGUAACUUUAGGCUGGAACCUCCUGGUCUUUUUAGAGGUCGAGGUGAGCAUCCCAAGAUGGGCAAACUGAAGAGACGACUCAAUGCUGAAGAUAUAAUAAUUAACUGUAGUAAGGACUCCAAAAUACCAGAACCUCCUCCUGGACAUAAGUGGAAGGAAGUCCGUCAUGUAAAUACUGUCACAUGGUUAGUUUCUUGGACAGAAAAUGUACAAAAUCAAGUCAAAUACAUUAUGUUGAAUCCUAGUUCCAAGCUGAAGGGAGAAAAGGAUUGGCAAAAGUAUGAGACAGCACGGAGAUUGCAUAAAUCUAUAAAUAAGAUUCGAAAUGAGUAUCAACAGGACUGGAAAUCGAAGGAAAUGAAAGUGAGACAGAGAGCUGUAGCUUUGUACUUCAUUGAUAAGCUAGCCCUCAGAGCUGGUAAUGAAAAGGAUGAAGAUCAAGCUGAUACAGUAGGUUGUUGUUCUUUGAGAGUUGAGCACAUAGAGCUUCACGAGCAAAAGGAUGAUAAGGAAUUUGUUGUAGUGUUUGAUUUUCUUGGUAAAGAUUCCAUUAGGUAUUAUAAUGAAGUACCAGUGGAAAAACGGGUGUUCAAAAACUUGGGUCGGUUUAUGGAAAACAAAAAACCUGGUGAUGAUCUCUUUGACAGACUUAAUACACAAAUUAUGAACAAACAUCUGAAUGAACUUAUGGAGGGUCUUACUGCUAAGGUAUUCCGUACAUACAAUGCUUCAUUUACACUGCAACAACAAUUAGAUCUAUUAACAAACGAAGAUGAUUCAGAAGCUGAAAAAAUUUUGGCCUACAAUCGAGCCAAUAGGGCAGUUGCUAUUCUGUGUAACCAUCAGCGGUCCGUGCCGAAAGGUCACGAAAAAUCUAUGGAGAAAUUAAAAGAGAAGAUCGAUCAAAAACGGGAGGCCAUACACGAUGCAGAGAGACAGGUAAAAGAGGCCAUCAGAGAAGCGAAGCACGGCAGCGUCAAAGAAAAAGUAGUCGCCGACAAAAAGAAGAAGCUCCUCCAACGUCUUAAGGACCAACUCGCGAAACUCGAGAUCCAAGAAACUGACAGAGAUGAAAACAAAACCAUCGCAUUGGGUACCUCGAAGCUGAACUAUCUCGAUCCUAGGAUUAGUGUUGCGUGGUGCAAAAAGUACGACGUUUCUAUCGAAAAGAUUUACAAUAAAACCCAAAGGGAUAAAUUUAGAUGGGCCAUCGAUAUGGCAGGACCGGAUUACCGAUUUUAAGUUAGGAUUUUUGUUCUUUUUUCGAAAGAGUGUUUAGUAGACUUUAAAACUGGAAGGAUCAGAAAAAUGUAUUUAGAUCUAUCAUGACGUAUUGGCUUUAAUAUAUACAAGGUGGUACAUAGGACAACAUCUUUUAGUCAGUGGUAUAAUUUUUAUUCAUUUUCAACAAUUGAAAAUGAAGGAACAGAGACAUCUAUGUAUGGUAGCUGUAUAGUGUUAUUGAUUUGGCACAUGGUAGUGCUUGUUUAAAAUCUUUAAUUUGACUAUUUUGUAAUUACAACUCCAUUUGUACAAAAUGAAUCAUACUAUAUGAUCUUCUUCAUAUACAUCUAUUCAUCAUAUCAUAUAUAUCAUCAUAUCAUAUACAUCUAUUCAUCAUAUAUACAUCUCUUCAUAUACAUCUUCAUACUAUAAUAAUUUUGAUUUAUUUCAUUAAUACAGUAUAGUGUGUAUCUUGUUCACACCCUUUCGAUCGUAUUGUUUUUAAACAUAUAACUUAAAAUAACUUUCUGAUAAUGAAUUCAGCCACCUGUACAAUGUUUUAGUUCUAUUCUUCUUCUUACUGUGCCUAUCUGUUCCGGAUGUUGGCCAUUAACUUGGCUAUCCUUAUUUUGCUGGCAGCUAUUCAGAAUGUUGAACCAUUUUCUCGAGUUCUAGAACCAUAUACACUUAGUCCUGAAGAACAAGUUGUAACAAGCCAUAUCUCUGCUUAUUUCUCAUAAUAUGGGCCAUUAUAAGGGCCCAUAACUCUUUUAUGGUCUUGACCUUCCAUAUCUGGUAGGAUACAACUGUUAAUAUUCCUUUCUUUAGAUCUGCCAUUUGAUUUUGUUUGCCUAGAUUGAUCGUUUGAUCUAGGUAUAUAUGCUCUUUGAUACUUUCGAUCUCACUUUCAUCUAGGUCUACUGUGAUAUAUUGAUUUGACAUCAGUUUUGUUUUAUUCAAAUUCUUUUUUAAACCAAUUUUCGCAGAUUCUAACUGAAGUAUGUUUAACAUAGAGUAGUUCAUCUGUAUUGUUGCUUAAUAUCGGCAAAUCUUAGUUAUCUGGCAAAAAAUCUGCCAUCGAUUUUAAGUCCAUACGUCAUUUGAAAGCUCUCAAUAUGUUCUAAACUUUUGUGCGAUUAUGUCACACAAAACUCGUCACUAGUGUUAUAAAAAUGGAUUGUGUUCACCAUUCAAGUCAUCACGCAAUAAAAAACAAUGAAAAUAUUGUACAGAUUUUUUUAGUUCAGUUAUAUAAGCUUUUGUCAAUUUUUGUUUUGUUUGAGAAAAUAGUUGAGUAAGGGGGCAGACACUCACUAAUAACUAUUGGCGAAUAAAUAGACUAAGGCAUAAAUUAUUGAUGAACUUGAAACAUCUGAAAAGAUUUCUUGUCUUGGUUGUGUUUCUGAAAAUGACUUGGUUUUAAAAAGUGACAGGCCCCAAUAGGGCGAAGCCUACAUAGAAAUAGGUAAUGAUAGUCAUCAGUUUUGCAUGAAAACCACAAAUUAAAAAUGGUUGGACGUUUACAGAUUGUACCAAAUUAGAGUAACAAUAUAAAUGAUAUAUUUUAAAAACUAUGACACUAUUAAUUUUUUUCUAUAAUAAUUGUAAAUAUUUUAAAUGCUGACAGUUGACGAACUAAAGAUUAAAAAAUUCCCUAAAAAUUAUGAAGUCACAUAUAAAUUCUCUGAAAAGAAUAUGCUUCCACAAUAACUGUAUAUUUCGAAUCUUCAGUUUUAUCAUUUAUGAUUUUAUAUUGUUUCUCCAGUCUGGGCGUUGUGUAUCAUUUAAUCAUUUGUUCAGCAUGGUGCAACGUAUAUGUAUAUGUACGGGUGAUCACGAAAACUCCCACUUGUGCAAUUAUUUAUUGGAGGUAAUAGUAUAUAAUUGGUUUAUGCAUGAAACCUAAAAAUGUAGAUAUUUUUAUUUCAUUUGUUUGUGCCUACCAUUUUCUUGAUCAUCAGUACACAUACCACCAUCAGAGCCAUUAUUUUCCAAUCUUUCGGCGAUGAAAAUAUAUUUUUUCUGAUUCUCCCUGUAUAAUUAUUUUUCCACCCACCAGGUAUCAGUAUCACGGACUUUAUUACUAAAUUCGAAUUGUCAUCCGCUUGUCGAAGUGGGACAAUCGGUACACCAAUUAUUUUUAAGAUUAAAUUAUUAAAUUAGUGACUUUUAAAUUUUUACUUAGUGAAUUUCUUUUAUUUUUGUGAAUGUACGUCAUUUGAGGUAUUAAAUAUCUAUGUACAGAUAAUGUAGAAUUAUUUUACGUUGGGAUUGUCAGGUAGUUGUAAAUAAAUAACAAUAAUAAUAACAUUUUAAGUAAUGGUUCGAAAUUAUAUUUUUAUUCUAUAGUGUCGCCAUAUUCUGGUAAGUAUUGAGCAGGUGGAAACAGGAUUAGAACAGUUUGGUUGAUAAAUUCUGCUUGGUUCUCAUUUAUUUUCUAUAUCUGUCUCUCCAAUGGCGCUACAGCUCAAAUCGAGCCUUGACCUACUCCAAACUGCAUCCAACCUUGCCGGUCCUGCGCCGUUCUUCUCCAGGUUCUCACAUCUACCUGGUCACUCGAUACCAGCCCAUCUAAUUAUCUGAGUGAAUUUUCUCGUCUUCUGAAUUCUCUGAGAUCGGUGCAUCUUUGACCAGUUGGUAGAGUUCAUGAUCGUACCUGGAUCUCCAUACUCCGUUUUCGUUAAUAGGUCCAAAUAUCUUCCUUAGGACUUUUCGUUUGAAGACUUCCAGCUUUCGUUUUGUUUCUUCUGUUAUAACCCACGUCUCGCAUCCAUAACAUACUAUUGGUCUGAUAAUAGUUUUGCAGACCCUAAUUUUCGAUCUCCUAUGUGUGUUUUUGGAGCGGAACACAUGGGACAGGUAAAUUUGUUUCCCUUUGCUAUUCUUAAUUGAAUUUCUGAUUCUUCUGUUCCAUCCAUGUUUAAUGUAACUCCCAGAUAUGUGAAACUUUCUACAAUUUCAAUAUCGUCCCCGUAGUUCAACUUUGGGUCUGUUUCCCCUAGCUCUUGCCUGUGCUAGUUUUUGUUUUGUUUUUUGAAUAUUUAUUUCUAGUCCGGUCUCUUCUGCCUUGUUUUUAAUUAUAAAUAUAUUUCUGCCGCAUCUUCUGUUCUGCGAGAUAUAAUGCUAAUGUCAUCGGCAUAGGCGGCAAUCUGUAUUUAUUUGUUAGCAGAUUACCUCUUCCUAUCUUCAGCAGUAUUAUCACAUAUUCAAAAGUCAGAUUGGAAUAUUGUCGGUGCCAGCUCGUCUCCUUGUUUUUAAUCCUUUGACUAUUGAAACGUUCUCAGUAAGCUCAUUUUGUACUCUGACAGUUACUGUUGACGAGUUCAUUGUUGCUUUUACUAGUCUGAUGUAUUUGGCAUAGGAACUUCCUGGUCCUAUGCAAUGGCUACUUGAUCGCCCACUAAAUGAAGUGUAUAUAAGGUUGUUUCGUCGUUUAAUGGUAUAUCCAUUCCAUUUCUUCGUGUUUUGAAGAGUAUUGGAGAUGAUUGCCUUAGUCCCUUAUUUACCUUAAAAUUCUCGGAGAAUUGGUUGUUAAUCUUUAUUUUUGAUCGACGAUCGUUGUAGAAUCGUAUUGCUUUUACAGGUGUAAUAUUAAUAGAUGAUAUUUCCACUAUUUGCCAUUUAUUUUUAUCUUAUUUGUUUAACGUGGAUUUUAGGAAAUUCUUUAAAGUCAAGAGGUAUUUUAUUCAUUAUCUAAAAACUUGCAAAAUUUUAGAUCAAAUAUCUUAGUGACAUCAUACAAUAUCUGAGGUGUUACUGAUCUCUUGUCUUCUAUUUUUUCGUCGUUCAUCUGUUUUAAUAUGUCUUAUUAGUGUUAAUCUUUUUUAAUAAUAAAUUUUCAGCGAAUCUGUGAAUAUUUCAAAAAAUUAUGUAUUUCAGCUAUUUUUUUUUCAAAAAUUUUGAUUGUGACUAUUGAAAACUCAUUUAUUUACAGUUGUAAUUUCUUAGAAGUUUAAAUACAGAAAAUAAGUGUUUUUAUUGGGAAUUGAUAUCAGACUUCAAGGUCUAUCCGAUAUUAAGAGUUUUACAGAUGGUUCGUCAUUUUUUAAACUUCCAAAUCAGAGUAAGUCAAUAGUUUUAAAUGAUCUCUUUCGAUCCAUGCAACUAGUAGUACAUCAAUACGGCUAAAGAUAAUAUUUUUAAAGUUAAUUGUGGUUUAUCGUUGUUUUUGCUUGGAAACGAAGGUUGGUAUAAUAAAAAUAUGCUUUCGCAAACUUUUUUUACUCAUGUAAUUUAUAUGCUUUAUGAAGAUAAAUUAUUUAGAGAGUUUUAUGUUUCUUAUGUAAACUGAAAAAUGUUAUUUAUGAACGACUACCUGCUUAUACCUGGACGUUGUUUUACUUUAUUGUGCUUAUUGGCGAUAUCGGACAAGAAUUUGUGAUAGAUUUUAUUUUUGUGGUGGUAAAUUUACCAGAAAAUUCCAGGGUAGUUGCAACACAACCUUCCUAUCCCAUUUACAGACUUCCAAAAUAUAUAAAAGUUUCUUUUCUGAUAUCGUAUUUAUAGAUGAAUGAAUAUUGAAAAAUAUAAUUCUUGAUUAUUUUUCUUUGUCAUCUGUGUGCAGGAGACAAGUUGUAGCAAUUCGGUCUGUAUAUUACAGAUUAUAUUAAUAAAAGACAUAUAGAU